AUGGCCCGCCAACCCUCUCUCGACUCUGAGCGGCCCAUCAUGUCCAAUUCGAACCGCAACUCCAAGCGCUUCUCCACCAUCAGCGGCAGCCCUUCGCUAGCCACUUCCGAUCGCACCACCGCUAGCCUGCCAUCUGGCGACCCCAGAAUCCGUGACAUCACCCACCUCGGCGACGGUCUGGAGCGCCUUGAAAACAAGCCUCUCCAGGCGCAAAGAUUCGUUCCAACAACCGAAAAGUCGGAUAACCUCAACAAACUCGCUCUCGGAGCCAAGGUCGAGCGUGCGCUCGGUCGACGAAUGACCAGCCAAGAUGCCGUGAUGCGCAAGCCGUCUUUGAGCGAGAAGACUUCCUCUUGA